AUGUCUUUACUUCAAUAUUCAUUGGCCGUCUAUAAGAUUUUGCAGACAAGCCUUCUCGUUGAGAAAGCACACGUGAUCUCAACACAUUCAAUGUGGGCAUACCUCGGCAUUUGCUCUGCGUUUGGAGUCAACGGCGCGGGUGCCGCCCGAACCACAAGCACCUCGGCCAACGGCCUCAACUUGUUGGCGCUUAACCUCCGGUUGAGCCAGGCCCACCCUUGGGCGUGUUAUUUGAUUUUUGUUGCUGGUUGCUGCGUUCACCUGGUUGGACCUGUUUUCGCGGCGGUUGACUCGGUCCAGCGGCAGCGCUAA